ACUCACGCUCAUCUGGAGAACCCUUCAGCCGACGACAUCCACUCAUCUGCAGGCUCCUCGAUCCGGUUCAUCGUAGAAAGGAAGCGGCCAUGGAUGUCGACUUGGCGAGCUGCAGCGGGAGCGAGGCGCUGUUCAAGUUCGCGGUGUUCGUCCUGGUGCAGGCGCUGGUGUACCUCAUCCUGUCCCAGUCCUCCGACGUGUUCUCCGGCGCCAGGAGCCUCGGCAGCUUCCGUCGCCCGGCGAGGUCUGUCAGCCUCCGCCGCAUGGUCACGCAGCUGCUCACGGAGAUGCCGGCGGGCGGCGAGCCGUCGUCUCCGGCCGCCAGGCAGCGGGACGGGGGAUCCGACGGUGCCGGCGUGGACGUUGACCUGGAGAUGGAGCUUAUGUUGAUUGGUUGCUCCUUUUCAUCGUGAACUUUUUUACUUGGUGUGGGAUUCUUUUUUUCUUUAGGGGUGGUGUGGGAUUCUUAGAAUGUAAUCUCUAGGACUAGAUGGCCACUUCUCACGGCCUCCCGCGAGACAUGUUAUUAUCUACCAUUACAAGUGGUUUUCCUACA